UGGACCAAACAAGCUCGGCCUCAGUCGAUGAAAGGGUGGGCACCCGCACCCUCACAGACUGCCGGCCCAAGGAAGCCGCUGGAAUGAGGUUGUCCCGGUACCUGGGAGGGAGGAGGAAGAGGCGGAGGGGUGGGGCUUGGGAAGAAGGUGAGGUGUGUCACGUGACUGAGCACGAAAGGGGCGGAAUCGGGCCGCCUGGAGGCUGCCUGGUCGCCUAGCAACGGCUCAGCUAGGAAACAUGGACCCUGUGCUUGACCGGGAGCUUCAGGCCAAGCUGUAUUUAGAAAAACAUCGGAUCAUGGAGUUGCUGAGUCAGCUUACUAGCUUUCUUCUCUUUGCCCGACCAAAAAAACCGAGAGAUUAUCUGAUCUCUCUUUUGGAGCGUCUGAAAGUCGCCAAGUUAACGGGUGUGGCGUUUCCCUACUUUAUGGACAACUCUAACAUUGUGUCCAUGUUUGAGAUGAUGGACAACGCUGGCAAAGGCACCAUAUCAUUUGUGCAGUAUAAAGAAGCCCUAAAAAACCUGGGCCUGUACACUGAAGAUGAAGUUUUGGGUGACGAUGGACAUGCGAUCACUCUGGAUAAAUUCAGGGACGAAGUGAACAAGAGGAUGAAGGAAAUGUGGUCCGUGUUUUAGUGGCAUCGCAGUGCAAGAUAAUAAAUGGUUCUCCCAAGUUUUCACUUGUCCGGUCUCAUUAAUUCAACGUUUUAUGAGACGUCAGUCCAGCAGUCAUCUUUGUUUGACAGCAGUUUUCUCAAAGACAUGUUACUGUCCACGGUUAGGUCAGUUUGUCUUCAAAUUAAGCAGAACCUCAGGGUUUUGCCGAGCCAGUUUGUAUGUGUCCCUUCCAACUUCACU